GUCAUUCAGACUUUUACAGCAUGUCACUGGUCAGGCUUAUAUAAGCAUUGGUCUCCUGGGCUGUGAGACAUCAAGGCCAAAGACUUGCUUUUUUCAGUGUGUUGUGUUUGAUAACUUCCACCAUGAGACAUGUGAUGUUGCUGUGCUUUAUUAUGUUGCUGUCUUGCAAUUCUGCCUUUCCGAUACGCCGAAAACACCCAGCCAAGGAUCCAAAAUUCAUACAGCAUUACCUCAACAGGUUUUUCCCAAAUCUGGAUAAAAAAAUCAAGGAAACUCUUGAAGAACAAAUUAAAAAGAUGCAGAAAUUCUUUCAUUUAACCAUAACGGGAACAAUUGAUGAAGAAACGGCAGAGAUAAUGGAACAGCCUAGAUGCGGUGUUCCUGACGUCUUAGAAUACAGUACGUUUCCAGAAAGACCGAAAUGGAAUAGGAAUUCCUUGACUUACAGGAUUAAAAACUACACUGAUGAUUUGUCUAAGCGUACGGUGGAAACGACCAUGGCAAAGGCAUUAAAGGUGUGGAGUGAUGUGACCCCCCUCAAGUUCACAAAAACAACAGGACCUGCUGAUAUAGAAAUUUGGUUUGCAUCUGGGGCCCAUGGUGACUUCUAUCCAUUUGAUGGGAGAGGCGGAACCCUGGCUCAUGCUUUUGCACCUGGAUCAGGCCUGGGUGGAGAUGCCCACUUCGAUGAAGAUGAGGUCUGGUCAGAAACUAACAGAGAAGUUAACCUUUUCUUGGUCGCUGCUCAUGAAUUUGGGCAUUCUUUGGGUUUGGCUCAUUCAAAUGUCCGUGGUGCUUUGAUGCACCCUACCUAUAGCUACAGGAACCCAAAUACUUUCCAACUUCCAGAAGAUGACAGGCGUGGAAUACAGAGCCUCUACGGCAGGAAGAACUGAAUUGCUUCCAUGUGCAUUUUAGAAGAAGCAAAGCACUCCUCUUUUGUGUACAUAUAUAUAUUCUUUUUAAAAGUAUUGUAUUUUUAAUGAAGCAAAAUGGCAAUUUUCCCUUAAAUUUGAAAGGGAGAAUGGAAUAAUUAAAUUGAAAAAAGAAUGACCAGAUUAAAACUUUAGGAAGUGGCUGGUUCAAGGGCUAAAAAAAUCUUUAACAUAUAGGGUCAGAUUAUAUCUGUGUGUGUGUGUGUUUAUGUGUAUGAGAGAGGAUAUAGGCUCUCAAUGAGUUCACAUAGGUAUGCUUUGUGUCUGUCCUCCAUCUUGGUUCCCCAGAGGUUUUUGGACUACAACUCCCAGAAAUCCUGGGCAGCAUAGCUAGUGGUAAAGGUUUCUGGGAUUUUUAUUCCAAGAAUAUCUGGGGGCCCAAACUUGAGAACCACUCAUA